GGCCUAUCAAUUCUGCUUCCCAGUGCAAUGGAUCGAAACACAGGACCUCAUACUGGGCUCCCAAGGCACAGAGCGCCUCAUCGAAAUUGGUCCCACGACCACACUGGCGAAUAUGGCCAAACGGACAGUGGACCUCAAGUACGCUCACCGGGAUAUGGCCCAAAACACACAACGGCAGUUCUUGAAUUUCCAGCAGAACAUCGAUGCCAUCUCAUACCAUCAACAUGUUCCGACACCAGAUGUCGUUCCAGAGCAACCCGCAAGCAUUGUUCCUCCAGUAGCGGAACGCAAAGACACACCUAGCAACAUCACGGCAAGCUCCCCACAGGUUUUGCAGGUGCCGAUCGAACCACUGCAAGAUACACCAGUCAGUCCCGUCGAAAUCGUCUCCACAGUCGUAGCAGCUGCGUUGAAGAAGCCGAUGGACGCCCUCGACAUGAACAAAUCGAUCAAAGCAUUGGCUGGCGGUCGCUCUACGCUUCAGAACGAAAUCAUCGGGGAUCUCGCCACCGAAUUUGAUGCUAUUCCUGAGGGUGCUGAGGACCUCCCACUUGAGAGGCUAUGCACAGCAGUGCAAAGCAACUUUGGAGGAAAGUUGGGAAAGAAGUCUUCAUCGAUGGUGGAGAGAAUGGUCAGCCAGAAGCUGCCAAGCACUUUCCAAACCGCAACUAUCCGCAAGCACUUAAAGGAGAGAUGGGGUCUGGGGCCAGGACGACAAGAUAGUGUUCUGCUCUGGGGCGUUACUUCUCAACCUGGAUUCCGACUCAAGGAUGAUGGCGAGGCCAACAUGUUCUUGGACGGUCUCGUGAAGCUGUACGCGAAAAAGCAUAGCCUCAGUCUACCAGACACCAACUCACUCUCAGUCACAGUCUCAGUUGCAGAGACAAAGGUUAGCUCUGAGACUGUAGCACUCCUGGAGAAUAAGCAAAAGUCGGCAUGGCUGGAGCAGCUACAAGUCUACUCAAAUCUUCUUGGACUGGACAUGCACAUAUCGGAAGCCACCAUUGAUGCACUAAAGAAACGGGUAUCCGACUUGGAAACCGAGUUGGAUGCUUGGGCUGAUGAACAUGGCGAAUUUUACGCGUCGGGGAUCCAGCCAAUGUUCAAGCCACUCAAAGCGCGAACAUACGACUCAUGGUGGAACUGGGCGAUGCAGGAUCUCUUGACUUUUGUGUCUCUUGCAGCGACACUAGAGGCGAGCGAGACUCAGCUUGACCAGCUGGAAGCGAUGAUCGUCAGCCGGGCGAAUAACCGUCUAAUAUCCACUCUCAGCUAUCUGGUCUCGGCCACAUCCAACAAUUCGCUUGCAAGCCGAUUGUCAACUCUCCUAGCAGAAUGCCAGGGUGCACAAGAUCUACACUCAACCGUCUGCCACCCUGGCCCCGCUUUGGCUCCGUUUACGAAGAUUGAGGACGAUGGCAAGAUCAUCGUAUCUGAGAAGCCCAGGUCUGGCAACCCACACGCUGAUGACCAGUUGCUUAGACUGGGGCGAAAAGGCAUUGCUGGCUGGCAAUUCGAUGAGGAGCUCUCCUGUGUGCUCCACGAUACACUCGAGAAUACAAAUGCGACUGGAAUUACUUUCACUGGAACAACAGUACUUGUCACCGGCGCGGGCGAAGGUUCAAUCGGUUGCCAGAUUGUUGCUCAGCUUCUCAAUGCCGGUGCAGUCGUUCUUGUGACUAGUAGCUCAUACUCCCCGAAGACGACACGUUUCUAUCAAACGCUCUAUGCCAAACACGGUGGGAAGGGAUCAAAGCUGAUUCUGCUCCCAUUCAAUCAAGCCAGUGUCCGCGACGUUGACGCCAUUGUGGAAUACAUUUACAGCAAAGACGGCCUGACUAUGGACCUUGACUAUGUGGUACCAUUUGCUGCCAUCUCAGAGAAUGGCCGGACGAUCAGCAAUAUCGACAGUAGAUCUGAGCUAGCUCACCGCGUUAUGCUCACGAAUACACUGCGUCUCCUUGGGAACGUGAAGCAGCAGAAGACAAGUCGCGGUAUAGUAACGAGGCCCGCCCAAGUCAUCCUUCCGCUUUCACCCAACCACGGCUCUUUCGGAAGUGACGGCCUCUACGCUGAGUCGAAGCUUGGUCUGGAAGCGCUUUUUGAAAAGUUCCAUUCCGAAGACUGGGCAGACUAUUUGCUUGUUUGCGGCGCUAUUAUUGGCUGGACUCGCGGUACUUCACUCAUGUCAGAAAAUGAUAUGGUUGCUGAAGGCAUCGAAAAGCUUGGUGUUCGGACAUAUUCGCAGAAAGAGAUGGCAUUCAACAUUGUAUGUCUGAUGAGUGAACAAGUCAAGUCACUCUGCAUUGAUAGCCCGCUGGUCGCCGACCUGAGCGGAGGCAUGGGAGAGAUUGCGGAUCUCCAACGAGCCACUACAGAUAUCCGAGCUUCGAUUUCUCAGCAGAGUGAGGAGCGUCGCGCUCUAGCUCUCGAGUCGUCCUUUGAAUCAUCGGAGGACAGUGCUGGGACCGAUCAGGGAUCACUGGCAAACAUCCAGUUCGCCUUCCCAGAGCUUCCUAACUGGGGUCAGGAAGUUCUGCCCCUCGCCGGACAGCUAAAGGGCAUGGUGGAUCUGGAUCGUGUUGUCGUUGUUGUCGGCUACUCUGAAGUCGGUCCAUGCGGUAACUCUCGCACAAGAUGGAGCAUGGAACUCAACGGCCCGGUCCUUUCGACCGAAUGCUGUAUUGAGCUAGCCUGGUCAAUGGGUCUCAUCAAAAGCCACCAGGGUGUCAUGAAUGGUGAACCGUUCUCAGGCUGGGUGGAGAAGGACACGGGCAAGCCCAUCGCAGACACUGAUAUACCCAUGAAGUUUGGGAAAUUCAUCAGCGAGCACAUUGGCAUUCGCUUUGCCGAAGCAAAGCGUGGCGCUCCAAUCUGGAAGGGACACGAAGUCUUGCAUGAGAUUGAGGUAACAAAAGACCAUGACCCCAUCGAAGUUAGCAAGGACGUUGCCGCACAGCUCAAGCAAGCACACGGAGAGAGCUGGAAUGCUAGGACGUACGGAGUGCCACAAGAUGUCAUUGACCAAAUUGACCCAGUCACCCUUUAUGCUCUUGUCGCCACCGCAGAGUCAUUCCAGUCAGCCGGUAUCCUCGACCCUUUCGAGCUCUACAACAACCUUCAUGUAAGCGAUGUCGCAACAUGCGUUGGUUCAGGGUUUGGUGGCGCAACCAGUUUGCGUGAGGUCUUCCAGGAACGCUUUCGUGAUAUGGACCCUGCCAACGAUGCUCUUGCGGAAUGCUUCAUCAACUCUAGCAGCGCCUGGAUAAACAUGCUACUCCUAUCCGCGGCCGGUCCCAAUCGGACACCUGUCGGCGCAUGUGCCACGGCGGUUGAAUCACUCGAUACAGCUUGCGAUCUCAUUCAGACCGGAAAAGCAAAGUUCUGCGUCGUCGGUGGCUGUGACGAUCUUCUCAAAGAGACAUCGACUGAGUUCGCCAACAUGAAAGCCACAAUCGAUCCUGAUCAAGACGCCCUGAACGGCCGCGAUCCCACAGAAAUGAGUCGCCCGACGACUUCGACCCGCAAGGGGUUUGUAGAGUCUGAAGGCGCGGGCAUCCAGCUUGUCACAAAUGCAACUGUCGCUUUGGACAUGGGCCUUCCGAUUCAAUGUAUCAUCGCAUUGUCGUCCACUGCAAUGGACAAAGCAGGUCGCUCCCUACCUGCCCCUGGACGCGGCAUUCUCGGUGCGGCCAGGCAGAGUACUGCCAAGUUUGAUUCACCCUUGAUGAACAUGAACUACCGCCGAAGAGCUUUACAAGCACGAAUGCAACAAGUCGAGGACAUGCGUGAUCUUCAGUUGUCCUAUUUGGACGAAGAGCUUGCGCAGCUCAUAAACGACUCUACUACCGACUUCUCCAUCGACAAGUACCGCGCGCAACGCCUCACGGAUAUCGAGAAUGACGUUAUCCGAGACCAGAAAGAGGCCCUUGACUUGUACGGGAAUCGUUUCUGGACGCAUGACCCGCGUAUUGCUCCUAUCCGCGGCGGACUUGCCGUCUGGGGCCUGUCAAUCGAUGACAUUGACAUGGUAUCUUUCCACGGCACGUCAACAAAAGCAAACGAGAAGAAUGAAGCAGCUGUCGUCAGCGAGCAGUUCAAGCACCUAGGUCGAACGAAGGGAAACGUUGUUCCUGUCGUUUGCCAAAAAGCCCUUACCGGCCACCCCAAGGCAGCUGCAGGGGCUUGGAUGCUGAAUGGAUGUAUGCAGGCCAUGCACGACAAGAAGAUACCCGGAAAUCGGAAUGCCGAUAACAUUGACGCCGAACUUCAGAAGUACGAGUAUCUUGUGUUUCCCAACAAGACUCUCGAGAGGAGUGAGGACAUGAAGGCUUUCUUACUCAACUCGUUUGGCUUCGGUCAGAAAGGAGCUAUGGCAAUUGGCGUCAAUCCAAAAUAUCUAUUUGCUACGCUGGAGCAGGAGGACUACGAGUUGUAUGCGAGCAAGCGACGGAUUCGAGAACAAAAAGCUGUUCGACGAUUCCAUGAGUCUAUGCACUGCAACACUGUGUUUCGGGCAAAGAAGAAUGCGCCUUAUGCUCAGGAGGACGAGACUGCUGUUUUGCUAAACCCGGGAGUGAGGUUUGGGGCGUAAAAG